AUGCAUGAUCAACAUCCCGUACUCACUGAUGAAAAAAAGAAAGAGCUCUUACACACCUUUCGUCAAUCCUUGGAAGAUGUCCCAGAUUCACAUCGUUUUACAGACACAGACGCAGCCAAGAAGCAAUUCGUCAUGAGCUACAAUUGGCGUAAAGACAACCACAUUGAUCGACUACCAUGCGCAACACGUCAAAACAAAUUACCGUUGCUGGUCAACGUGCGUGGAUAUGAUGCCAUUGAUGAUGGCAAUGUGGAAUCCAAGCCGGGCCUUUCUCAAACCGCUAUUCGCAUUGCCAAUUGUAUGGGUGGGGAUUGUUUUCACAAGGUGGACCGAGAAGGCCAUCCUAUCAUGAUUGAUCGAACAGGCUAUCAUGACGCCAAGAAGCUGUGUCACGAGGUGUCCAUUGACGAGAUUUCCAUUUUCCAGACUGCCAGCAACGAGUUUCUCAAUCGAGUCAUUAUGCCUGAAUGCUCACAAAAGGCAGGGAGGAUCAUUUUCAAGGAGACGGUGAUAUUUGAUUGCACCCAUAUGGGUAUACGACAAUUCCAAAUGACAGCAUUACAUUACUUGAAGUCCGUGAUCGACACCAUUCAAAAUUAUUAUCCAGAGACAUUGCAUAGGCUAUUUAUUGUGAAUGCACCAGGGAUUCUACAUACGAUUUGGAGAAUAGUGAAACCAUGGCUUGAACAAAGGACUGCAGACAAAGUAUUCAUUCUGAAUCAUGCCGAGACGCCCAAAGUGCUUUUAAAGUACAUUGCGCCGGAAAACUUGCCCCGAUUUCUUGGUGGUAGUUGCACAUGUGACCAUAUUGAAGGGGGAUGUGUACCUUCGGUGAUGUUGGGUAAUGUACCUCCGCUAAAAGUAGCCGAGUACAAUGAUAAUGUUUCCACGCCUUACAACACAGACGUCAUGCAAGCCGCUCUUGAGGAUAACUUGUAUCGAAAUCCAACAUAG